AUGUAUCCACUUGCACCCUUGUGCAUACUUGACGUAAGAGCUGUGACCAGUUCAGCUCUUGAAUGCGCGACUCCUCCCAUCGCAAACCUGGGGAGUUGGAAGCAUCAUGCAGGUCCUGAGAGCUUCGUCUAUGACUUGCGCCGCCGGGCGGAGAAGGAUCUGCAAGUUGGCAUCUCAUCUCUGUCGUGCCGAAACGAAGUCUUGAGUGGAACGUCCACCCUGGCCGAAGUGGGCCUGGAGGACGGCGACACGGUGAAUGCGGUGGUGCGAAGGCCCACCUUGGCCUCCUCCAUCCGAUGCCCCAGCUUUGUGCUGAUCCAGGGGGAUGGAAGUCUGGUCACCUGGGGUGCUGGAUCCUCCACCUCUCAGCCACCUUGUGUGCAGCAAGUGGCCUUGUCAGAGACCGCCUGUGCAGCGGUGCGGGAGGCCGGGGAUGUGGUGACUUGGGGCGAAGCGAAGCAGUGCAGCAAAGUGCAAGCCCAGCUCCGCGAAGUCCAUGCGAUCAUCGGCGCGGAUUUCGCCUUCACCGCCGUGUUGUUCGAUGGCAGCGUGGUCACCUGGGGUGAUGAAGCCAGUGGCGCUGAUAGUAGCCAUGUACAACAGGAUCUCUUCGCGGUGAAGCAGGUGGUCGCCACUUGCGACGCCUUUGCAGCGCUUCGUCAGGAUGGCCGUGUGGUCACCUGGGGCGACGGCGCCGCGGGCGGCGACAGCAGCACGGUGCAGGAGCAGCUGCGAGGUGUCCGGCAGGUCUUUGCCUCGUCGAGGGCCUUCGCUGCAGUGCGUCACGAUGGCAGUGUCGUGACCUGGGGUGAUGAGGCCUGCGGUGGCGACAGCAGUUUGGUCCAAAGCCAACUGCAGGGCGUGCGGGAGAUCGCGGCCUCCUCGCAAGCCUUCGCGGCCAUUUUAGACGAUGGACAUGUGGUCACCUGGGGCAACAAGGCCUCCGGAGGAGAUAGCCAACGUGUUCAAGGGGAACUCCAUUCUGUUGAACAAGUUCAAGGUUCCCGAGGGGCUUUUGCCGCCUUGCGAGAGGAUGGUAAGCUCAUCACAUGGGGACAUGCAGCUUUUGGCGGUGGCCUGGCGUGGCAUGGGUGGUCUGGUGGGUUUGUGAGAGGCAGAGCGCCAAUGGCAUGA